AUGUCUUCAAGUGAUGAAAAGGAAACUAGGAAAUUGAAGACUCUCAAAGAUUUUCCACUUAUACAACCAAUGACAAAGAAGCAACAUAUGGAUAAGCUUUUGCAUGAAAUCGUUAUUCAGGAUACUAUUAAAGAUGAAACUAACAACAUCAUUAAUGAAAUCGUUGAGAAGCACAAGAGUUACAAACCAACGACCGAUACAGAACUUGUUAAGCUAGGUUGGAAAAGUGAGCAGUCAAACGAGAAUUUAGGCAGAGGAGUUUAUGCAAAUGCAAUAUCUUCCGAAUAUGCUUGUUGCAUAACAAACCAUGCCAUGGCUCUAGGUGGUUCCAAGAGGCGCAAACCUAAGGAUUUUAGAAGAUCCCACCAUGCCAUGGCUCUAGGUGGUUCCAAGGGCUAUUUUAGAAGGUUAGGCAACAUACAUUCGGGAGUUUAUUUCUGUUUCUGUUUAAUGUCAAUAACAUCUCUUGAUGCAUUUGGGGAGACAAAGCCAGGGUGCACAGACAAAUGUGGUAAUGUAAGCAUACCUUACCCGUUUGGCAUAACUAGUGAAGCAGGAGAAGGAGGAUGCUCCAUUCCUAGAAUUGGUUACGGCUAUGAAGUUCGCUGUAAUUCGUCUUACGAUCCCCCUAGGCCAUUUUUUGGCACAGGUAACCUCCAAGUUCUUAGUAUAUUUGAAACUGAAAUUCGCGUUUCCAGCGUUAUAGCUAAAGUAUGUCGGAAUAUACAUGGUGAUGUGGUGAUCGAUAAUCCCGAAGUCAACAUGAGCGUGCAGCGGACACCUUUUACAUUCUCGAACACAAAGAACAAGUUACUUCUCAUCGGUUGUAAUUCUGUAGCGGCUAACCAUGGGUUCGAUCAGGAAAAUAGGGACACCUUCACCACAUGUAUAUCAUAUUGUAACAGCAGGGGAAGCGUUGCGGAAGGGCCUUGCGGUGGUGGGAAUGGGUGUUGCCAAAGCACCAUUCCUAAAGGGAUCAACAAAUUUCAGACACAAGUUUCUGGGGGUGACAAUCCUAAUAUUACAAAUUUCUUUUCCUUCAGCCGUUGCAGUUAUGCUUUCGUGGGUGACUAUGAGCAGUUCAAUUUCUCUGCAUCGGAUCUUCUAGCGGUGCCUGAAGACAGAAUUUUCCCAGCUGUUCUUAAUUGGGCAAUAGGGGAUAAGACAUGUGAAGAAGCACAAAAAGAUCCAACCACUUAUGCAUGCCAUGAAAACAGUCAGUGCAACAAUUCAGACAACAGUCCUGGGUAUCGUUGCACUUGCUUUGAAGGUUACAAGGGGAAUCCUUAUUUCAGUCCUGGAUGUAUAGACAUUAAUGAGUGUGAGGAUGAAAAAAACAAUCCAUGUGAAGGUAAAUGCAUCAAUACCAAUGGGAGCUUCAAGUGUAUUUGUCCAGCGGGCAAUCAAGGCGAUGGGAAGAAAGGCGGACCAGGUUGCAUCCGCAAGGUUCCAAUUAUACAAGUUACUCUGGGUAUAGGUUUAGGGCUGUUGUUUCUAAUUAUUACAAGCUCCUGGAUAUACUUGGUCAUUCAGAAAAAAAGGUUAAUAGAAAUGAAAGAGAAAUUUUUUCAACAAAAUGGUGGGUUGCUAUUACAACAGCAACUGUCGUCAAAUGAAGGUGGUGCAGAGAAUUCAAAGAUCUUUACUGCGAAAGAGCUCAAAUUAGCAACCAACAAUUAUGAUGAUAGUUUAAUUGUUGGAAAAGGAGGCUAUGGAGUUGUUUACAAGGGAACCUUGUUAGAUAAUCGUAUAGUUGCGAUUAAGAAAUCCAAAAUAGUUGAUCAGAGUCAAAUUGAUCAAUUUAUAAAUGAAGUAGUUAUUUUAACGCAGGUUAACCAUCGGAACGUGGUGAAGCUCUUGGGGUGUUGUUUAGAGACUGAAGUUCCCAUGCUUGUUUAUGAAUACAUUUCCAACGGCACCCUCUUCCAACAUAUUCAUCCUAGCCGUGGAGAGCCUUCCAUUUCCUGGGCAAGCCGCUUGAGGAUUGCUAUUGAAACUGCAGGUGCACUUUCUUAUUUACACUCGGCAGCUUCAAUACCUAUCAUUCAUAGAGAUAUCAAAUCUACCAACAUACUUUUAGAUGAAAAUUACAUCGCAAAAGUAGCGGACUUUGGAGCAUCCAGGUUGAUUCCUUUGGACCAAACAGAAUUAUCCACACUAGUGCUUGGGACUUUAGGAUAUCUUGAUCCUGAAUACUUCAACACAAGCCAACUGACAGAGAAGAGCGACGUUUAUAGCUUUGGCGUAGUUCUCGUAGAGCUUCUGACGGCAGAAAUGCCCAUUUCUCAGGCGCGGUCUUCAAAACAAUUAAGUCUUGCACCCUAUUUCAUUUCGUCCAUGCAAGAAAAUAAAUUGUUCCAACUUCUUGAUGCUCGAGUACGCAACGAAGGGACACCAAAACAAGUCGUUGCAGUUGCAGAACUUGCGCAACGUUGCCUUAGCUUGGAGGGUGAAGAUAGACCAACAAUGAGACAAGUAACGACAGAACUAGAAAGACUGAGAGAGGCAGAGAAAGAAGCUUGGUCACUUCCAGCAAACAACGAAAAUAGGUCGAGCUUACAGUAUGAACCAAGGGACCUCUAUAGUGUUCCCGUAACCGGCUCAGCAGCUGGUGACUCCGGGCAAUGUAGUUUGUAUACAACUGAUUCGGGGCAAUAUUGUUCGAAUACAGAUACCACAGUCCAGAUGAGCAUGCCUCGAUGA